AAACAGUCACACUACAAAACCCUAACCCUGACCCUCACCCGUUCUUCUCCUUGGCUCCGAGUACAGGGGCACAGGCACACACGACGCGCAGAGUGAAGCAGCCAUGGGUCGCGUCCGUACCAAGACGGUGAAGAAGUCAUCGCGCCAAGUUAUUGAGCGCUACUACUCGAAAAUGACUCUUGAUUUCCACACCAACAAGAAGAUCCUCGAGGAGGUUGCCAUAAUCCCUUCCAAGCGCCUCCGCAACAAGAUUGCCGGGUUCUCGACCCACCUCAUGAAGCGCAUCCAGAAGGGUCCAGUUCGAGGCAUCUCGCUCAAGCUGCAAGAAGAGGAGCGCGAGCGCCGUAUGGACUUCGUCCCGGAUGAAUCUGCCAUCAAGACCGACCACAUCGAGGUCGAUAGGGAGACCAUUGAUAUGCUUUCUGCUCUGGGUAUGAGUGAAUUUCCUGGGUUAGUAAAGGUAGAUCCAGUGGCUGCACCGCUUCCACCAGUUGGGUUUGGUCGUGGUGGAGCUGGGAGGAGGUACUGAGGAGCUGGGGUCACCUGCCGGUGUCGGAUUUUGCUCUCUGGUGAAGUCUUCUUUUCUUAUCCUAGUAGUGCUAGUUAGUUUUACGUUGGGAAUGAAGCUCCUUUCUUGUUAAAUUUUCAUCCUUUUUAGCAGUUUUAAGGUUAUGUAACUUCCAGCUAUAUGAUAAUGGGAAUGACUGAAUGUUUAAGUUAAAUAUAAUCUUCUGAGGCAG